GCGUGAUUGGUCGUGGAGAUGGCGUCGCCCUCAACUGAGACCCUCGUUAGCAAUGUCGUCUGGUCGCCGCUGAUACUCUUUGUCUUUGCAUCUCAUCAAUACUGUCAAGCAAGGAAUCAAUACUCACCUUUUUAUGGUCGGCACCAGCUCAAAGCAAAACACAGGGGAAGAGGAGGGUUUGUUGAGUGGUGAUUGGGCCGAGGGUCAUCGUAACCCAAACGUAACAAUCGCAGAUGGGCAGCGUGGCAACGAAAGACAAAGGGGUGAAGUCGACGACUCUCAAGAUGACGAUAGAAAAGCAUACACUCUCGUCCAGGUCGACCCUCCCGGCGCCUCCUCUAGCAGCACCUACCCGCCUCCCGCUACUACCGAGCAGAUGAUCACCCAAUGGGUCGAUUCCCAGGUCACCUACUCCGAGAUCUGGCCUUUUCGCCAGCGCGUCAUCUACGCCGUCCUAUCCCUGUACUGCAUCAUCGCGGAGAUUGCUCCAGCGGUCACACUUGGGGAGUGGGGCUGGGGUGUGUUUUUCUUGUGGAUUGCUACCUCGCUGUUAUUCCUCUUGGGGCACCUCGGGGUCAGGAAGGGGAGAGCAGCAGCGCUGGAAUCUGUCAACCUUGUCGCCGAGAGGAUGCGUUCUCUGAUGUACACCGCUCAGGAGAGUCGGGAUAAUGAGAUUCUCGAAUUCUUGGACGACAAAGACAUCUCCCCUCCACCUUUCUCACCGAUACCCCCAUCGAUACUCCUUUUCGCCAACAACCACAAAUGUCAAUUCGACGCAAAUGUCGGACUGGGCAUUUCCAUCUUACCCUUCUACGUGGUCUUCACAUUCCAAAUGAGCCGCAUAUUGGUCAAUUUUGACCCCGCGGCGCCUUUUGUUAUCAAUUUCAUAUUGGAACCUAUCCUCGUCAUUCCCUUGUUCAUAUACGCCAACCAAGAUCCUCAUGAUCACCUGUGCGGAGGGCUGGACAAGGACGGAGCGAAGCUGCAAUGGGCGUGGCACAAGAAGCACUUCCAAUGGUGGGGCACCAAGGCAGUCAAAGAUGCCUUACAGCCGGACGCUAUCUCUUCGCUCAAGAAAGCUACCGCACCACACGACGGGUCCAACUCUUCAUCUUCCACCACCACCGCGCCAGCUAGCGAUGUUUCGUCACUUUCUAUGGACGUACUACAGCAAGAGCUGCAAAAGAGGAUGGAGGACGUGAACAUUGUCGUCGACGAGCUUCAGAGAAAAAUGAAAGAAGGCGAUGAGGCUCGGAGGGCUUACAUGGCGUUAUCUGGUACCAAUAGUAAUCAAAUCCCCCCCUCCUAUGACUGAACAGUGGCGGAAGACUGGGGGCGAAAGUACAUGUGAUUAUAAUUCUGCUUCCGACUCUACCUCUCCCUCCCCCCGACCACGACGAGCCCUACGUUCCAGCCUGAGCCGAAGACUUUGACAUCUCCGUGGUUGAUCCUGGGCUCGCUACCGUGAACGCGGCCCUCAAACCCCGCGGACAAUCGUUCCGCUGAGGCCGAUCACGACAAAGAGACCGAGCCCGAGUCUACUCUCGCACCUCCACAAGGAGAAGUGGAGCCUGAAGAUCCGUUUCUUAGCACGAUAUCAUCCGAAUCUUGUAGUCGGAUCACCUUUAAAGGGUUGGACGGAGAUCAGUAUCUCAUCUUUCCUUCUCGCCAUGCGACGAGUUCCCUUAUCAAGAAUACCUCCGCUGGAGGAGAAGAAAACGCUGAGACGGGUGUGCAAUAUCUAUCACUGGGCACAAUGAACGGUAGCAACGAGUGGAUCAGCACUUGGAAUGAUGGUCCAGGACUCAAGAUCGACAUUAAGUAGUCGGCAAGCGAUACGUGUACCCAGGUAAGAGUCAAUAUCUCAGGCGCGUUCUGUAGAGAUUAGCCAGAGAUUGGCAGACUGAUCGUACCCUUAGCUCGACGCGUACAUGAGGAGAGCUCGACGCGUAUCUGUAUCUUCUGUAUAGUGAUCGUAUCUCUAGUCUCGUACGACCUUGUCAUCGUACUUAGUAGAAAGAAGUAAGUUGACAUCGCGUUUCUUAUGAAUCAUUUCAAAAGACGGGGUGUUUUGCGACGUGUCCUAUCAU